AAGCCUCUGUUCUCGACGUUGUUCGUGAUGGCCCCCAAGGCCUCAAUGAGCAAAACUUCACCGUCUGUUUUGAUUGCAGACGCAAUAUCGUCUUUACAGAAAGCUGUAGGGAACGCUUUGGCCUGCGCUGAGGAGCAAGGAAAAGCAGACCUCACAUGCGUGAACGCGGGGCUUGCGGCUCUCAGACAUGAGAGAGACGAAGCGAUAAAGCUCUUGAACGACAGCAAGCUUGAGUGCAAGGAAUGGGAACGCCGGGGCGAGGGAUGGAAGAGUUCGAUCAAGCAUCAAGUCGAGACCAUCGCUCAACUGCGCGAAGAAACUUCUCAGUGGAAGAACCAGCUCUUGCGCUUCGAGGAAUCCUCCCGCCAGGAGAUACAAGAUUGGAAAGAGCAGUACCUGAGGGCGGAGCAAGAGCGGUCCCGGCUAUCUGCACGGUUAGAUCAGCUCACCGCGGAGCAACUACAGCGAAAUCGCCCCCUCAAUGGCCAGCACGAUUCUGAUGGACCGUCUUACACAUAUGGCUCUUCGGCCGCGCCGCCAAAGCCUCAAAAGACCGUCACAAAGCGACCAAGGGCUAGCACGUCAACUACCCUGGCACCUGAACAGAAAUCGAAGCCAACCUCUGGCUACACGACUGACCGCGAGCGCACGUAUGUUGACAACAUGCUCAGACAGGGGACGCCGAAAGGUGCCAAUAGGCUGUCUGUGCGAACGCCAAAGCACAAGGCCGAGCAACUGAGCCACGCUGCAGCGAAUGUAACGCCCCGCGCCUCGACCACCCGUCUUGAGCCGUCGCCACCUUCGAUGCCACAGUCAAGACUGAUACGCCGCGUCCAUGCGGUGGUAGAAGUACCUGUCAAGGAAGAAGAGUAUAGUGGCGACGGAGCCCUUGACACGCAACCAUACGAAGAGUCUAGCGGCUCCGGCUCGGAGUACGUCCCCGAGAAGCCUAAGCAUACAUCUGGUGGCAAGACACGGCGACGGCCCUCGACGUCGGCGAAUGGCAAGCAGAAGGCGCAACAAGGGCGAUACAUAGAAAUAGACGAGCCUAGCGAACGAGACGAGUCCGAGGACGACCAGUUGCUGAUCGGCUCCGAUGAUGACGCUGAUCGGACAUAUAGCCUUGUGAACGCUGCGAAGACCCUGUCAAAGCACACGUCAGUCGGUGGCGCACAGCUACCAAACAGCGCCAAGAGGCGGAAACUCAAUCAAGGUGUUGUUAUCGUAGCUAGCACACAAAAUAAAGGCUCGCGGAGAGAGUAGAGUUCUCAAGCAGAGCUGAACUUUCGUAAAAUUAGUUCCAUGCUGUGAAUUCUUACUAUGGACCCUUACAGUCUCAAAUGACAUUCUAUUUAUUCCUGUAAUCCAUCCCACUCUCAACCCGCCGUCGUU